CCACCAGAGAGCAGGCCACAGCCCCUCCGCGGCAGGCGUGGAGCACCGAUGGCCCCCACCCCCGAGGAGACGCUGGCCCUCCUGAUGGACCCCCUGAUCCGCCACCCGAUCAGCCGGCACAGCUUCGCGCCGUCGCACACGGUCGCGGGCGCCGUCUGCCACGGCUGCGGCCAGCGCAUCGUCGCGCUGCGCGACCACCGCUGCCUGCUCUGCGGCGUCGCGGCGCACCGGCGCUGCCUCUACGCGCUCUCGGAGAAGUGCAAGACCGACGCGUCGCUCAAGUGCACGUCGGACGGCUCGCACAUCCCGCCGGCCGAGCCGCCGUCGGGCCGCCUCGACGCGACGUCGUCGCCGGCGGCCGUGCUCAACGUCGCCGUGAAGCAGCCCCUGGACCGGCUCUGGCGGUCGGCAACGCGCGCCGCGGACACGAAACCGCCCGCCGCCGCGCCGGCGCCGGCGCCGGCGCCGGUCGCGCGGCUGCGCGAGGCCGCGGCGCGCCUGUCGCUCUCGGGCUUGGAGGCGCCGCGCCGGCCGCGCUGGGACCCCGACGACGCGCUGCCGCCGGAGCCCGCGCCGGCGCCGGCGCCGACGCCCCUGCCGCCGUCGGCGACGCCGGACACGGCGGCCUUCGCGCGCCUCCGGGCGGCGGCGCGGCGCUUCCGCGAGGAGUCGGACGCGGGCAGUGAGCUGCGGCUCCGCGUCGCCAAGGCCGCCGUCGGCGGCAUGGCGGCGGGCGCCGUCGUCGGCGGCGCCGUCGCCGGCCCCGCGGGCGCGGCGCUCGGCGCCAAGGCGGCGCAGAUCGUGGGCGCGGGCCUCGUCCUCGGGUCGCCGGCGGCGACGGGCGCCGUCGUCGGCGGGGCGCUCGGCAUCCACGCCGCCGCGACGGCCGCCGGCGGCCGCGGCGCGCGCGCGGCGGCGGUCAACCGCGCGGCGCGGACCGUCGGCGGCGCGACGGCCGAGCCGUUCGCCGCGGCGGCGGCCGCCGCGCGCGCGGCGCACGCCGAGGCGCCGUGGCCGCCCGCGCGCGCCGCGGAGCGGGCCGCCGCCACGCUGCGCGACGUCGCGGGCCUCGACGCGCAGGCGCGGGCCUUUGCGAACUUUGCGCUGGAAGCCGACCCCGCGACGGCGAAGGUGUGGGCGGCGCUCGAUGAUUUGUAUAAAGUUCGGCGCGCGGACGCGCGGGGCGACGCCGUCGCCGACGCCAGGUUCUGGGCGCGCGAGACGGCCAUCGACGUGGAGGCCCUGCGUUUCGCCGUCGCGGACGAUGACGGCGCGCCGAUCGUCGCGGCCACCGACGCGUUGGUCGCGGAGGCGACCUAUAUUCACGCGUUCACGGCGCUCGUGCGGCGGAACCGGGACGCGGACGCGACGCUGGAGCGGGUCCUGGCGGCGCGCGGCGGCGCCGGCGAGGGCGCGGCGCGGUCCGUGCGGCGGGGCGCCGCGGCGCUCGCGAAGAUCGGCGCGGGCCGGGACGCGCACGCGAAGCUGCGGGCCCUGGUCUUCUGCCUGGAGGCGCUGGGCGACAGCGACGAGGGGCCGCUCGUGACGGCGGACGUCUUGCUGCCGCGGGCCGUCGCGUGCGUCGCCGAGGCCAAGGUCCCGCACCUCCGCGCCGAGCUCGCGUACGUCGACGCCUUCGCGCGCGACGACGUGUUACUGGGCGCCGAGGGCUACGCGCUGACGACGCUGAGCUGCGCGCUGGACGUGCUCGCGGACGGCGACGACUCCGGAGAGCAGCCCGUGCUCGAUCUGGGCGGGGAGUCGUGGCCGGCGCCGCCGGCGCCGCCGCCGGCGUCACCGCUUGGGGGCGAGGAGUGGCCCGAGCCCUCGUGA